AACACGCCUUCUCUCUCUCGCAAGUCACAAUUCACAAUUCACCAACGAAAGCCAUCCUUAUCUCUCUCUCACAAUUCACCUGCCCAUGGCCCCACGCUAAACCCUAUCAGAACGCCACCACUUUCGCCGCCGGCGGUGACAGACAGCGGUCGACGUCGUCGCCUCUCGAAGGUCUGAUCGGCCCUCGCCUCCUGGAUCCUCUUCUCCUCGACGUCGCCAGAAGGUCUGCUCGGAGUUGUUGGCGUCGCAGUCUCCAUCGUCGUCAUCAAGCCAGUCUCCGUCGUCGGCCCUGAACUCGUCUUCUCUGUCCUCGUCAUCAAGCCCUCUCUCUCUGUCCGAGCUCACUUUCCUUCCUCCUUCGUCGCCGUUUGAUAAUAGUAAAGUGACAGCAUUCUUGAACAGAAGUUGGAGUUGAUGAAGGUCUUGGUGAAAAACCGAAAAAUCGAAUCAAAUCAAUCAAUUUCAAUUCAGUUUGGUUGGCCUAAAAAAAAUCAAACCAAACCAAUUAAUUUUUUUACAAUUGGAUGGAUUUUUUUUUUCUAAAAACCAAACCAAACCGCGCUGCGAACACCCACAGUAUCCAUAUCUCCUCAAUAGAAACAAAGGACACUAACCACGAAUCCACAAUUAGCAUUGACCUGCCCUCGCCAGCUCACCUUCUUGAGCCACCGCCAUGACCUCACCGAGUCUGCACAGAUCAUUUCUCCGCUCCACCAAAACCCUAAUCACCCUGUCCUCUCACCGCAUCAUCUCCUUCAAUUUUUCACAAAACCCAAACCAACAAUCUUUCUAUUCUUCUCGCUCCAAUUCCCCAUUUGAGUCUCCAUCUAGAGUCCAAAAGCUCAUAGCUUCCGAAUCGGACCCUCUUCUCGCCAAAGAAAUCUUCGAAUGCGCCUCUCGCCAUCCCAACUUUCGCCAUUCUUACUCUACCUACCUCAUUCUCAUCCUCAAAUUGGGCCGCUCAAGGCAAUUCUCCCUUGUCGAUGACCUUGUUCGCCGCCUCAAAUCCGAAUCCUACCCAAUCACUCCUACCCUGUUCUCCUACUUGAUCAGAGUCUAUGGCGAAGCUGAUUUACCCGACAAGGCCCUCAAAACCUUCUACACUAUGCUUCGAAACGGUUUCAAACCUUUGCCCAAACACCUCAACCGCAUUCUUGCGAUUCUUGUAUCCCACCGCAACUUUGUUCGACCUGCAUUCGAUCUCUUCAGGGAUGCUCAUAGGCACGGUGUGUCAUCCAAUACUCAGUCCUACAAUAUUCUCAUGCGGGCUUUCUGUUUGAAUGGAGAUGUUAGCAUUGCCUACCACCUGUUCAACAAAAUGUUUAAGAGAGAUAUUGUUCCUGAUAUCGAGUGUUACCGGAUUCUGAUGCAAGCGAUGUGUAGGAAGAGUCAAGUGAAUGGAGCUAUGGAUUUGUUGGAGGAUAUGUUGAACAAAGGGUUUGUUCCUGAUUCUUUGACUUACACCACUUUGUUGAACAGUUUGUGUAGGAAGAAGAAGCUUAGAGAAGCUUACAAGCUUCUUUGUAGGAUGAAGAUCAAAGGGUGCAAUCCUGACAUAGUUCAUUAUAAUACUGUUAUAUUGGGGUUCUGCAGGGAAGGGCGCGCCCAUGAUGCUUGUAAAGUUAUUGUUGAUAUGCAGAACAAUGGGUGCUUGCCUAAUCUUGUGUCAUAUCGAACUUUGGUUGGUGGGUUAUGUGACAAAGGAAUGCUUGAUGAGGCAAAUAACUAUAUGAAGGAGAUGCUGUCUAAAGGUUUUUCUCCGCAUUUUGCUGUUAUUCAUGGCCUAGUAAAGGGUUUCUGCAAUGUUGGUAAGAUUAAGGAAGCUUGUGGAGUUCUAACCAAAUCGCUUGAGCAUGGGGAAGCUUCUCAUAUGGAUACCUGGGCGAUCAUAAUACCUUUAAUAUGUGAAGUGGACGAUGGUGUGAGGUGCAGAGAUGUUUUGGAGCAAGUUCUCAAGAUUGAAAUAACAAGUCAUACUAGAAUAGUGGAUGCUGGCAUUGGUUUGGAGAACUACUUAAUUAGGAAGAUACGAGCCAAUCCAAGAGCAUCUUAAUGUAGGUUUUUGUCCCCCAUGUUGGACCAGCUUCAUUUUUAGUUGAAAAUGGGUUUAAACUCUAUCUGUGGAGUGCAGACACGCUUAUUAUUUAAUUGCAAAGAUGCAUGAACCAGAACAAAAUGUAGUCAGCUUGAUGGCCUUUAGCUCAGCAAAGGCAAUUUCAGAUUCAUGAGAGGGAGACAUUUGGACGUCUUAGGACAAGCUGUCCUCAGUAAGGGUGCCCCAACAUGCAACAUGAGGAGUGAGCACUUUGGAAAGGCUACAAGGUGCUGCAGAGGACAAUGUGGCUCAAGGCAGAUGUUCUUGUCUUCUUGACUAGCGUAAUUUGAUUGUUGGGCCUACUUGCAUCAGUGAAUGUGUUCCCGUGGAUACUGGACUCCUGGAGAAGCCGUGCAGCAUUCUCCUGUAAGUAUAGAGGUAGUUGGCUAGUGGCUGAAAUAGGCAGAUUCUGCUCAUGUGACAUUAGUGUUUGUCGAAGUUAGAACUUGUAAUAAUGGACGGUUCUAAAAAUGCCUUAACAUGGAAGCUUCAUGGAAAUCGCCAAUUGUUUUUGUUAUUGAAAACAAUUUAUGGGCUAUUUGGAAUUUGGAUGUCACAUCGGCAACUUCAAUUCCUCAGGAAUGGAAGAACAGACCAGCAUUUGGAAUGCCAGGAAUUUAGGUUGAUCGAAUACAUGUUUUGAAGUUCAGGGAAGUCGGAAAUGAUGCAUAAGAAAGAAUUCCAAACCAAAGAAUUCAUUUGAUAUGGUUUGAGCAGUCGUAUUGUAAUUACAGUAGUUUUUCAUACAUGAUAAUGAUAAUAAUAUGUCAUUUUCCUUGUUGGUGAUGUUUCUCUCUUGAAUGUAGAGAACCUUGCCUUUUUGAGUAAAAAUUAACGUCUAACAAGUAACAAUGCUUCUAGACAAGAAUGUCAUUCAUGAAACGCAUUAUGAGGUUCUCAACGUCAAGGAAGAUUCAAGUUAUGAAGAAAUCCGUGCUAGUUACUGCUCUGCCAUACUCAGUAUACAUGCUGAUAAGCUGUUGAAAUCUUCUGAUGCAUCCGGCAGCAAUCAAACUAGUGGAGAUAGAUUUCUCAAAGUACAAAAGGCGUGGAAAGUUCUUGGCGAUUCAAGCUCUUGUUUAUUUUAUGAUAAUGAGCUUUGAAGUUCAAGUUCAAGGCGUGAUGUCUAGGCUGUUGAUGUUGCAGAAGAUUUAAGCUUAGAGGAUAUGAUGGGUGAAGAUGACCGAGAAGCAUUGGAACUGUUUUAUCAGUGCAGAUGUGGAGAUUAUUUCUCUAUAGACUCAUUGGAAUUGCAUAAAAUGGGGUAUUCCUUAUUGAGGGAUGAAAGUAGAAUAUCUAUAUUGAACAAUGAUUCUUUGCUAGGAUUACUUAUUCUUCCCUGCGGAUCAUGUUCUCUAAAAGCUCGUCUGGUAAUCAAUAUGGAUGGACAUUGAAAUUGUUUACAUAUUUUUUUGUGAUGGUGACAAUGAUUGAGAAUUUGAAGUUAUUAGCAUUUUUUAUAUGAAGAGAGGAAACCAAUAAUAUCUCCUCCUUGGAUAAAA